UGGGCGCGCGCUCAUGUGUAUGUGAGCGGGACUCAGGGCAGAGGUGUCCCCUCGCUGUCUUUUUUUCUGCCUUUUAUCCAAAGAAGAGGGCAGUUCGCACGCUUGCCUUCCUGUCGCCCCAUUGGGAGCGGGGUUGGUGUGCGCAGUGGUAGUCUUUUUCUUUUAAACUUGUGAGCGGUUUUUUUUUUUUGGGUUUUUUUUUUUUUUGGUUUUUUUUUUAAAGGCUCAGUGCCGUCUGGGCUGGUUUCCUUGGUCCCUGACUAACCGCUUUCUGCCCAUUCUCUAGCUGCCCCCGCCCAAGGUCUCCCCUCUGCCCUCGCCCUCGCCCCCGACCCGGGAGGGUGGGAAGCUUUGUCCCGCUCCCUUCCCACCCGCGUCUCCGCAGCCGUAGCCGCACCUGCCUCAAUAUGAAUGGGGUCAACGACCCACCUCUUUUUAUAAAAGAUAUUAAGCCCGGACUGAAAAACUUAAAUGUCGUCUUUAUUGUCCUGGAGAUAGGACGCGUGACCAAAACCAAAGACGGCCAUGAAGUGCGAUCAUGCAAAGUAGCAGAUAAAACGGGCAGCAUCACUAUUUCCGUGUGGGACGAAAUUGGAGGUCUCAUACAGCCGGGAGAUAUUAUUCGGUUAACCAGAGGGUAUGCAUCCAUGUGGAAAGGAUGUCUGACACUUUAUACUGGAAGGGGUGGAGAACUUCAAAAAAUUGGGGAAUUUUGUAUGGUUUAUUCAGAAGUGCCAAAUUUCAGUGAACCCAAUCCAGAUUAUCGAGGACAACCAAACAAAGGGGCACCUAGUGAACAGAAGAAUAAUUCCGUGAAUGGUAAUAUGGGUACAGGUACAUUUGGACCAAUGGGAAAUGGGGUUCAACCUGGCCCAGAAUCAAGGGGAUGCCAAUUUUCAUAUGCUGGUAGAAGCAAUGGCCGGGGACCUAUAAAUCCACAGCUACCAGGAACAGCUAAUAAUCAAACAGUCAUGACCACAAUAAGUAAUGGCAGGGACCCUCGGAGAGCCUUUAAAAGAUGACCUAUGCCAAAUACUCACAUGUAGUUUUUAAACUACGUGCCCUACUUGAACACUUAUUGCACUUUUAUUUAUUGUUAACUGUGAAAACUGUGUUCCUUAUCGGUUUCCUUUUAUGUUUUUGGUUUGUUAACAAGAGUUGUUUGUUUUUAUAGCAAAACUGUUAAGCUGCUCAAGCCUCCUAUUGAAGAAUGGGAACAUGCUGAAAAUUAGGGACAUUUAUUUCUAGAGCCAAAAUGUCUUUGGAUAUUCUCUAAAAAACCACCCAUUUCUUGGGUGAGUUACUUAAGACAUCAGCAUCAUAGCCUCUAUGAGUCUAUCUUCUGUGUACAUUUUAUAAUAUUUAAAAUAAGGCUUAGUGGGAGAUGUUCUCUGUCUUAACGUCAGAUACUGCCAACUGAAGUGAUAACCACCAAAAAAACAAAAACUUAAUCAGUGCUAACCAUGAUUUGUGAGUGAGCGUGACUCCAGGAAUGAUUGACUUGUUCAUCGAGUGAUUGUCAUUAAGAUUUUCCAAGGACCGAAUCAUUCUAAACUCUUGUUUUAUUACCAAAAGACAUAUUCUUUACCAGAAUUAUAGAAUAGAAUGUGAUCUAUAGUAUACCAAGGGAUUUUUAGAAGGAAGCUACAUUUAUUUUUCUAGGGUAGUACUAUCAAUAUUUGUUAUUAUCUAUGUGCAUUACACUGAAGGAAAAUUUAAAACUGAGGCCUUGAAUAUUUAUUUUUUGAAACUACCAUGUCAAAUAUUAAAGUGUAAUUUGAGGGAGUUAUAAAGUCUAAUAAACAUUGAUCUAAUUAUUGUUAAAAAUUAUGGGGAGUAAACAUAGCGAAGGCAAUUCAGUUGAAUUCAUGGCGAAAUAUACAGUCUUAAGUUACAGGGUCCUAGGCACUUGCAAAGCCCUGGAGUAAAAAUCCUAGGUACUUACUUUAUUUGAAGGGUGUGUGUGUGCAUGUGUGUGUGGUGUGUGCAUUGUCAAAGUUUAUGAACAGAAUUUACAAAGCCUUAUCAGCAAAUUUAAGAAAUGGCUCUCUCUCAAGCGAAUACAGCUUUAUUCAGAAAUGUAAAAGAAGAGUUUAUUUAUGUGCUGUAAAUGGUCCCUAGUUCCACUUUUUAUUGUAGGGUGGAUAACUGGGAAAAUUUUCCUUUGUUAGAAUUCAACUCUUUUUAUUAUCUCUUGAAUAAAAACUUGCAUUAAUGUUAACAGACCUACCUUAUUUUUGCUCUUUCAGUGGCUUAGAGUGGAGAGCCAGUACGUUUUACUGUAGCUGUAAUGAUGACUUCAACCUGUUGCCUACUUGGCUUUGCAUUUGUUGUUUUGUCCUCAAAUCACAAAGUAAUUGAAGUAGAUUUGUCUUCUGAA